UGUUAUUCAUAUCUAUAUACAAAAUCUUUAUCAGAAAAAAAAAAGAAGAAGCAUAUCUUUGCUCUAUUAAAAUCAAAACAAAAUGAUGACAUUUGUUGUUGAAGAAUUAGUGAUAAUAAUGAUUACCUCUUAUCCUAAUAUUACUCAUUAAUAUACGCGUAUGUGUAUUAGAAUCGGACAGUAUCUGGAUUAAUCUAUUUAGACGUAGUCUUCCCGUGGUUGUUAGAUGUUGAUUGGUUUGUUUCUUUUUGUAUAUUCUUAUCUUCGUCAACGAACUGAUGCGUUGUAAGAAUAUAUAUUAAUCAAAAACAAACAAAAAUCAAGUGUGGCGUACCACUAUGAAUUGUAAGUAUAUACCAAUAGUUAUAUAUGUUAUCUUAAAAAGCUAUUUUCUUAUUCUUUGGGGACUGGUUCAUGCCAUUAAGACACAAAGUUUCAAAAGGUCAAUGCAAGUACGUACCAUCUUGAAAAUAUUCGCAUCCGAGCGAGAAAAAUACUAAAUGAUGGAUUGUUUUGAGAAUAAAUCCAUUUUCCUUCUUUACCUCUUAAUUACUUUCACUGGACAACCAAGAUACGAGUUCUUUUCAUUCUGUAUUUUGAUGAAUACAAGUUGCAUCAUGCAUCUAUGUAGAUAGCAUAAAAGAAAACAACAUGGAAAAAGACAUAUCUUUGGCGGGAGAUAAUCAAUAUACCACUUAACAUUGCUUUUUUCAAGUUCAACAAAUAACAAUUACAGCUACACACUGCCACGAUCUAUUUACGUAUAACCUUUUAAAAAUAGAAACAUCAAUUAUCGUUAGAAAGAUUCCUUUGAACUUUUAUAUUACCUCCCAAAAUAUGUAAAAAGUAUAUAAUCGUAAUGUAAUAACUCCAACACACUAGAGACGAGAAGAAUCAAUCCAUAAGUGGGCAAAGGUAAAUACAUUAAAGCAGACUAUAAAUGAAGAAAGAAUGAACAGUUUAAAUUUCUUGCUUUAAAUUUGAAGAGGACACUCAUCACUAGCAAUGGACCGGGAUUGGAUCAGAAGAUUCCUCACGACCCAGCUACAAUGUAUAGAACAAAUUAAAGACAAUUCUCACAUGUCUUAAUUAGAGGGACUUGAACGAUCCUAUAUGUAGUACGUACAUGUUCUUUGAGUAUAUUGAAUCAAAUAUUUGAGUAUUUUGGGUAGUGUCAAGAGUAAAAGUAUUCAAAGCAAAGCCAAACAUCACUAGAUAUUUCAUGCGGGGCAUUUAAAAACAUCUGGGCUGAAUAGUUUGGACAUGAACAUUGGAAUAUUGAAACAAAACAUUGCAUCUUUUCAGACCUUUAAGCUCCAAUUUUUAAAAAUAAAACAGUGACAUCCAAUACACAAGCUGAAACAAUUAAACCGUGCUCGUUUUGAAGCUUGAAAAUGAUGUAAGCCACCUUGACUUCGCUCUAUUUUCCGCAAUAGAGUUUAGCGUAAAAAUAUUUUAAUAAUAUUAUAUUUUCCACUUUAUAAUUAAAUAAAAAAUAAAUUUACUUUAUAUAUAAAAUAACUUAUUUUUUUCUUUGUUCAUCAUUUUAUUUUUUAUUCGAAAAUAAAAUAUCAUUGAAAUAAUAUCAAAUUUUAUUAUAAAAUUACUUUAUUUUAAAAAACAAAAAUAAACCCGUAAUGAAACUAGUUGAUCAAUAUGCAAGACAUACGUUUGAUUAGCUAGACAUACGUUUGAUUAGCUAGACAAUAUAUAUUUAAUAUUUUGUAAAACACAAAGACAAAAGAUGGUCAAAAAAAUAAAGAGCGUACACGUGGAUUCAAUCAGGACUAGAUUUUAAAAGCUGCCUCCAAACUAUAGUUAGCACCUAACGCUGAUUACUUUUAAUGUGAAAGAUAGCAUCUCACGUCAAACUAUAUUCUUCUAUUUCGAGGUACCUAUUAACAACUUGCAUGGGUCCGGUUGGUUGUCGAGAGUAGGAUCAAGCGACCAAAAUCGAUACGAAUUAAAUAAUAUAAACCGUGUUUCAAAUUAGGUCUUCUUGCUCCAAUACACACUAGUAUGUGGACCCUCGCUAUGCAUCCAUAAAUCAUAAUGUGGACAGAGAAAGACUCAAUCAAAGUCGUUUUCUACUUCACCUACGCAAUCUCAAUAACAUAUCUGUAUUCCUGUAGAUAUGAGUCAGCUUGAUUUCAACGAUAUCUACACAACCUCUAGUCAUCAAGUAGAUAAUAAUUCUGAAAAGAAAGGGGCUAAGAGGAUGGAGUGGAGGAGGACAAGCAAGAGCGCUAGAAGAAAGACGCGAAAAGGACACACCGUGAAGCAUUCUCACAUUCAUCAUAUUUGUGAAAGUUCCAGAAGACUACGAACUCUCACAUCUGAAGCUUGUUUUGUACUUGCAUUUAUGAAUUGACUAAAGAUUUUAUAUGUAACUAGAAGGUAAUUUUCAUUUGAUAGUGCAAUAACUGAGAAGAUGACACUGAAGAUUUGGACGUAAGAGGGUAUUUUCUGCUUGAUUGAUGGCCAUUUUCGUGAUAGAAAAUGAAUCCCAUGACACGUGUAAGCCAGUCAUGAAAACGUCAUAAAUGCAAAUAUCUCACGCCUCUCGAAGUCUCGGACUAAGAGCAUCUGCAUUAGUGAACUCCAUGGGGAGUUCACACAGUUUUCGAAAAAAAAAAAUAUUAAAAUAAACAAAAGCAAUGAACCUCCCUCUUAGAAGUUCACUGCACUGAACCCGGAUCAUCACUGUAGCGCGGGCCCCACGACACGUGGCGGCCCGCGGUUGGUCCGGUUAUAAAUUUUUUUUUUUUUUUUUUUUUAAAAACAAAAAUCAAACAGAAAAAAAAUAAUAAUAAAAAAAAUGCUUUGUGAACCCCUUCCAAGGGGUUCACUAAUGUAAUGCUGAUGCUCUAAAAAUGUCACUAAAGUAUUUACGAAAUACUAAAAAACAUAGCACUAACAUCUAGGAUAAACAUACAAAAUCAUCAUUGGUAUAGAUAAAACACACAAACUAUGACAAUCACACACGUGUACAUUUUCCAAAUAAUGACCAAAAAUCAUGUUAACCAAGUCUAUAUGGACAUCAAUGAUUAGUCGUUUGGUUCCAUACUUUAGAUAUUAAUAUGAAAAUAUAUAGCUGAUACUUAUAUUUGUUUAGUUUGCUAUGUGUAUUGCUAAAAAUAGAUAAUUAUUUUAAAAUAAAAGUUUCAUUAAUCAUUGAAGCUUUUAUAAUGAAGUCGGUUCGGUUAAACUAAUUCAAACUAUUUAAAAUGAUCUCCAAUGGUUUACUCUAUUUUUUCCUCUAUAAUUCUAUAAUAGAGUUGGAUGUUGCUCCAAUAAUACUCUAUUUUAUAGUGAAAAAUAGAGUAUUGAACAAAAAAAUUUUAAAAUUACUCUAUAUAUAGAAUAAAAAAUAGGUUUACAUUACCAUUUGAACAUUUUUUCUUUAGACUUUAUUUUAGAGAAGGGAGGUUGGAGAUGUCCUAAGGAUCUGCGUCAAUGGUCUAGUAUAGUUUAGAUACCGGUUAACUGGGUUGAAUAUUAAGCGGCCGAGCCAGAAUCAGAAUCACGUUUUAUGGGCCUCAAAGAGACCUGAACCGAAGGUCGACCCAAUUAAGCUGGUCAACUAUUUCUCAAAUGGCCCGUUUCAAUUUAUUUAUUUGUUUGUAUUUGCAUCUGUAUCCGCACCUAUAUGGCUACAUAGAGUAUCAAAUGAGUGUGCGACUGUGUGCGCUUGAGCUUAUAUUUAACUGAAAUUUGAGUGUGUGUUUUCAAGUUUAUGGGUACAAAAUGGGUCGGUUCUUAGAGGAUUUAAAUGAUCUUGAUGUGAGGUUAUCAACAUAAAAUAGUCAUAUAUAUAAAAACGCCAUUGAUAAAAAAAAAAAAAGUAUGUAUAUAUAUGUAUAUAUAUAUUCGCCAACUACACAUGUUGCAAAAGCAUAUAUACGAAGAACACAUUUUUUUUUUUUGAAACACUCGAAGAACAAUAUUAUAAAAGAUGAAAUUUAAGGGGGGGGGGAAAGCAACAACCAGAAAAAAGUAUAGAAGUUAAGCUAAUUUGUCAUAUAGCGAGGAACGGUUCCUUUUUGGCCGGUCUCUUCCGACCAAUCCGACGUGAAUUUGAAUGUUCUUUUUCUGAGCAACCUUACGUUUCAUGAGAAGACCCACGUUCCAGUCACAUUGAUCUUCUUCGUUUUGGAAUUUGUCAUGCACUACGUUUUGUUGGAACUUAUCACCAAAGCAUUGUUUAUAAUUCGUCAUUCGUCAUGUAUAUGUCUUAAACCUUGUAAAUUCUAUAAAUGGAAAAUUUGAAAUGAUCAAUCGAGAUACAACUUCAACAAGAAAUUUCCAGCCUCUAAGAUGAAAUUAAAUCAAGUGCUCCUUCUCAGUCAUUUCACCACUGUUUUUACAUGUGACACUUCCCUCAUAAUGUAAUAUGUAUUCACUUAAAAACAUCAAAUUUUUUUUUUCUUGAACGGCUUCAUCAAAAUCUUUCAUAUACUUAUUUUUUUUAAUUAAUCACUGCGUCUGGCGUAAGUCAACUGAAUAAUCUGUGGGUUCCAGCGAUACUAACAUUUGUAAAUCUUACCGGGUUAUCUCUCAAGUGCCACUAACAAAAAAAAAUCUUUCAUAUACCAGUCUGUAUCUUUAAAACUGUUGAUAUAGGAUCAUAAUAUUUUGAAAAGGCUUUUGGUAAUGUAAAUACGUUGUCUGAAGGUUUGUAUCAUGAAAACUAAAUUGCAAUGAAAUGUAAACCCAUUUUGUCGAUAACCUGCAAGAAACUAAGAUGUCCAGUAUAGAUAACCUAAGACUAAUCUUUUUAAUGUUUAGCAGCUAUUUUAUAAGAGAUUUGUUUUUCAGUCCGUGACUUGCAUGAUGAUAGUUACAACGUAGAAAAUCAAAUAAUUAAUUUAUGUUUCAUGUUCAGAGCAAACUUAAUUAUUCUAAUUAUAUAUAUAUAUAUAUAUAUUGUUUUGUUUUAACUUUUCAAAUUUCAAAUUCAAAGUUUUCAGAGUUGGUACAUGACCGGACAUGAUAACGGGUGGUCGAGAGGUCUCAGCAAAUAGAUGUUCAAGCAUGCAAACAUAUGCAAAGAGAAUAUUUUGUAAAUCACUAGCUAGGCACGAACAUAUAUUUUCUUUCGAAAUAUAUGAAAUUUCACAAAUUAUGUUUUACUGUCGGUUCAGCUACAAAAAUAUUACUCAAUAGGUUCUGGUUUUCCAUCGACAUAUAUAUCGAAAUCUUACAAAUCAAAUUCUAUCACAAGCAGUUUUGCGACAACAUAUAUUGUGACAAAAUGUUCUAAUUAGUUAUUUGCUAUGGACUAUCAAGAGUAAUCCAUAUAUAUCAUGCAAAAAAAAAAAAAUCUAAAACUGAAAAUAAGUGUACUAUUAGAUCUAUUGCGACACAAGAUUAUUCUGUUAUAGUGAUAAGUUAUAUUGUCACGUUUAGCCAAAAAAAGGAAAAAAGAAUAUGCUAUAUGAAGUACGGACUGCAACAGAGCUUAGAAUGAAAUCUCGAUCAUACAUUCAUGUAAUAUUCUUGGAAUAAUGCUUAGAUUUAGUACCAGCAACAUGAAAAAGAUGUUUUUACGAAUUUCUAAAGUUAGAACUAAAAAGAAUGGACGAAACAACCAUUGUUUAAAAAUAGAUCUUGAACGUAAAUUCACCCAACACCUAUUUAUUUUACAAAAUCAAUGUUUUAUAGAGAUCGGCUCGUCGAUUUAAUAAAUAUCUCCUUACACUUCUUCUUCAUGCCUACGAACCAUUCUCAAAUAUACACAUAUCAUAGCAAUUAGCAUCAUGCAUUAUUCAUAAUGCCGGUGAUAUGACCAUGUUUUCUCUAUAUAUAUUUUUAAUAAUAUGUAUCACUUUUCUUAAAUGUGUAUCACUUUCAUUAAAAUAAAUUAAUUCAGAAAUUACAUUUUUGGAAUACUUUCUGAUCUCAGGAAAUUUAGUAGGAAUUGUUCAAUAAGAAAAUAUUAUUGUUACUUAUAAGUUCUUCCUUAUAGCAUUGAUCACUUAUCAGCCAUAUGAUGAUCAGUAUCAUUGAUUUGAAUCAUUAUCUUAUAUGUUUAAUUAAUCAAUUAUCAUUAUCUAAUCAUUCAUAAUAAACAUUGAGAGCACUUUGUUUGACCAAAACUGAGAGAAUUCACAUGAAAGCAUCUUGAAAAUGGACAAUUUUUACAAUAAUAUUUAUUAUCUUACAUAAAGUUGUCUGAAUAUUUUAUUUAUAUCAAGUUAAAACAUUAACUGCUGUAAAGUUAGAAGCAAACAUUCUCAGCCUUUGGUUUGAGAGCUUCUAUGCUAUGUCUACCUUUAGUGGGUUCGAUCAACUUGGUCCUAUUUUUCUUGUUUUUUUUUCCUUUUUAUAUAAUUUUAUAUUCCUUUUCUGACUUUUACUAUGUGUUGAAUAGUGGAGCUCGUAAGUAUAUAAAAAGUAAAAAAAAAUUAUAAUAAUAUUUGGUCUUAUAUUGUACACCUACGUAAAAUCAAUUUGUACAUCGAUCUAUAUUCUAGCUAGUAGAUCAGUAGCCAUCCAUCAAUUAAUUAGAUAUAAGGAAAGUACUGACCAUCACUUUUUAUAUCUUUAGUAUUUAUAUCAUUAGAAAUCAAGACUUUAAGAUAAAAUAUUGGUUUAGAUGCAAGCUUAGUCAGCAAUGAAAAUAUGUCCUUUCACAUAUUAUGCCUUUUCUACCUAUAAAUAUAGCCCAAAACUAUCCCACAUAUAAGCACCACACACACCCCAAAAGUUAUACGAAUAUUAGCCAAUUUCACAAGCUUUAACACUUCCAUUGAUGGAAAUGGAUUUGAAUGCUCAAGUGAAGAAGGCAUGUUUCUUGCAAAGGCUUAAGGAUUUCCCUAGCAAGCUCAAAGACGGUGUCACCAAGCGCAUAAAGCAUGUGCAAAAGUUUGGGAAAGAUGACCCAAGAAGGAUCAUCCAUUCCAUAAAAGUGGGACUUUCUCUCACAUUAGUUUCAAUGUUGUACUAUGUAAGGCCACUCUAUAAUAGCUUUGGGGUUUCCGGUAUGUGGGCAAUACUAACCGUAGUCGUGGUCUCCGAGUUCACUGUUGGUGGGACACUUUCAAAAGGUUUAAACAGAGCUUUCGCAACAUUAAUAGCCGGUGCCUUAGGGGUUGGUGCAGUACACCUUGCUCGAUUGUGUGGACACAAAGGAGAGCCUAUUGUUCUUGGGAUAUUAGUGUUCUCACUAGGUGCAGCUGCGACAUUUUCGCGGUUUUUUCCAAGGAUUAAACAGAGAUAUGACUAUGGUGCCUUGAUAUUCAUACUUACAUUUAGCAUGGUUGCUGUUUCGGGGUACCGUACAGAUGAAAUAUUGGUUAUUGCAUAUCAAAGACUAUCGACUAUUCUCAUUGGUGGAACAAUAUGCAUUCUUGUGUCGAUCUUCGUUUUUCCGGUAUGGGCAGGCGAAGAUCUUCACAAGAUGGUUGCUAACAACAUUAUCAAACUCGCUAACUCCUUAGAAGGUUUCGAGGGUGAAUAUUUUCCAUCAUCGGAGAAGACUUCAAAGGGGACAAACUCGAGCGUCCGAGAAUACAAAAGCAUUAAUCUAACAUCAAAAAGCACUGAAGAUACUUUAGCGAAUCUUGCGAGAUGGGAACCAGGACAUGGCCGAUUCAGGUUACGCCAUCCAUGGACAAAGUACUUAAAGAUCGCAGGACUCGUUCGCCAAUGCGCCAUUCAUUUCGAAGUUCUCAAUGGCUGUGUUCUCUCUGACGCUAAGGCACCGCAAGACUUCAUAAGCAAGAUUCAAGAGCCAUGCUCGAUUAUUAGCAGAGAAGCUGGCGAAGCCCUAAAAGCCAUAGCCAAAUCUAUCAAAACAAUGAGCAGAUACCAUGUUUGUGUGAAUACACACAUUAAAAACUCCAAAAAUGCCAUAGAAAACCUAAGGCUUGCACUCAAAGUUUCUUUCCCGGAGACAGAUAAAGAUCUCCUGGAGAUCAUUCCAGUAGUCACAAUGGCGUCAACAUUGAUCGACAUCGUGAGUUAUGUCGAGAAGAUCUCUGAGUCUGUGGACGAAUUUUCAGUUCUGGCACACUUUAAAGAGAAUCUGGAUCCAAAAUUAUCGCCGGAGUUAGGACAACAUCACCUACUUCACAAGGGAACUGUAAAGCCUGUUCUAGAGGGUGACAACGAGGAAGAAUGCAAUAACUCUCCUCAUGUUGUUAUCGCAGUCCAUGAUGAACAGCCACCAACAGUCAACGAGAAUAAUGUUAAUUUGGGAGCAGAGAAGACGACAGUUGUUGUCGUGUAAAUAAGCUUUUCAUCGUCAAUAAUUCAAAAACUCUUUGACGGCCGGGAACUUGUUUUAACAUUAUCGAGUAGUAUAUAAAAAGAUAUUACUCAUUCUACUUAUUAUCAAUUCAUUUAGAAAUAACUGUGAUCUGCAAGAACCUUAUGAUUAAAAGAUUAAAUACAUUAGUCAACUGAUUCACAAA